AUGAACGGGCCGGUAGAUGCUUGCAGGCUUCUCUUUACCUGUAUUCCAAAGUACAGAACAAUAGUAAAGAAAAGAGUGUAUCGGCACUUAGCAGUUACAACUAGUCUACUUACUCGCCAUUCAACAACUCUACCUGCUUCGCCAGGACAGUCCGAUGUUGCAUAUUGUGUUGAUCUCGUAAGGUUCGUAUAUAUUGCACACAACCUAGGGACACUUCUGCUGCCCAAGAAUUCUCAAAGGGCUGCAUUUGCUCUGAGAGCUUACAAUGUUGAACUUGCCCAGGUUCCAGACAGUGUAUCUGACAAGAAAAUUGGACUGAUUAGGAUGCAGUUUUGGAAAGAUGCUAUUCAAUCAAUCUAUCAGUCUUCUCCACCGAAAACUCCAGUGGCAACAGAAUUGUCUGGGGCAUGUGGAUACUACAGGUUAUCCAAGCAUUGGUUGGAAAGGCUGGUGGAGGCACGGGCAGCUCAGAUGGAGCGUGAUUCAUUUACUUCAGUGAAACAUGUGGAAGAUUAUGCAGAACAGGUCAACUCAUCUCUGUAUUAUCUGCUGCUUGAAUGUUUAGGAAUCAAGAAUGUCCAUGCGGACCAUGCUGCAAGCCAUCUCGGGAAAGCCCAAGGAAUAGUCACACUUUUGCGAGCCACCCCUCAUCAUGCCUCGAGGCGUAGGGUCUAUCUACCUAUGGAAGUUUUAGCAAAGCCACUGAAGGAUGCUGUGUUUGAGGUUGCCAGCUUGGCUCAUCAGCACCUGGAAAAGGCCAGAUCUCUUCAGAAGAAUUUGCCGGACAAGUCUCAUUUGGUAUUUCUAAAUGCUCAUGUCUGUGACCAUUACCUAAAGAACCUCCAGAAGGUGGACUUCAAUGUCUUUGAGGGCAAACUGCAGCGGAAGAACCCACUCUUGGCCUACCACAUGUACUUCAAUAAGUUGAGAAGAAAAUUUUAA